AUGUCGCAAGCCCGCGCCCCGUCUCACGGCCGCCAUCGCUCAACCUCGGGCGGUCCCGUCGGUGGCUCUGCCCAGGGCGAGUUCCGCCCGCCGCAGGACACGAGCGCCGACCUGUACGACGUGUGCAACGCCUUCUGGAGCGCUGGCCACGGUGGGAGGAGGGACGCCGACGGCAAGGAGUCGGACUGGGGCAAGGAAGGGUUCGAGACGGUCCUCGGGCGGGUCAAGAGCGCGAGCAAGGGCAUCGAGGACAUGCGGGCACUGCUCAAGGAGAGAGCUUCCGCGUCCGAGGACUACGCCAAGCGCCUCAUCAAGCUAUCCAAGCACCCGUUCGGGACCGGCGAGACUGGGCACAUGGAGCGCGCUCAGGUACAGCUCAAGAACGAGCUCGAGAGCUCGGCCAAGAGCCAGCAGGACCUGGCGCAGCUGUUGCGGAACCAGGAGGCGACAGCGGGCGAGUUUGCCCAGAAGAGGGACUCGCUGCGCAAGGCGCAACAGCAGAACGUCGAGAAGCUGUGGAAGAACCUGCUGAACCAGCGAGCGCACGUCGUCAAGGCCAAGGAGAAGUACGAGGCGGACGCCAUCCAGAUCAACGCGCUGCACGCGCAGGCGUCGCUCCUGCAGGGCAAAGAGCUCGACAAGGUCUCGAUCAAGCUCGACAAGGUGCAGCAGUCGGUCGAGGUCAACGAGCGCGACUACAAGAACUACGCCAACGUGCUCAAGCAGACGACCGCCGAGUGGAAUAUGGCGUGGAAGGCGUUCUGUGACCUCGUGCAAGACCAGGAGGAGGAGCGCCUCGAGUUCGUCAAGUCGCGCAUGUGGGACUACGCCAACGGGCUCUCGGCCGUCGCGAUGCAGGAGGACGAGUCGGCUGAGCGCACCCGGACCGCCCUCGAGCAGUGCGACCCCAAGGUCGACAUCCGCAUCUUCGUGUCGCAGUUCGGCACAGGCAACCUCAUCCCCGACCCGAUCCCGUUCGUCGACGUCAAGGCCAAGGAGGCGCCGCCCAAGCAGGGCUACAAGUCGGCGCGCUUCAUCCGCUCGUCGACUCGUAUCCCGGGCGUCAAGCACUCGCCGUCGGCCGUGGGCGACAUCACGCGCGCGCUCGGCCAGCAGCAGGCGCAGCCGCCGAGGCAGGGCGCAGCGCAGCCGAUGCAGAUGAGCCGGUCGGGGAGCCAGCCCGAGGCCGUCGCCGCGGCACGCCCGCAGUCGCGCUCUGCCAAUCGAGCGUCGAACCCGAACCUCGCCGCCGAGAGCGCCGCCGCCGCACCGGCCCCUUCCCCUCAGCAGCAGCACUUCCCGCCGCCGCCCUCCCACCCGACAGCUCCCCCUCCCGACGCCGCCCUCUCUCCUUCCCGUUUUGCCGUCUCGCCCUCGGCCAACCUGCGCGCGCGCCCGUCGUCCGAGCACAUCACCCCGGCGUCGACCUCGCCCGCCAAGCCCGGCCACAUGUCGGCGGGCGCGUUCCAGAACCGCCUCUCGCUCGUGUCGCCCUCGCUCGGCAGCAGCGCGAGCGCCAUCGGCGA